AGCAGCUUGGUAAAUGGGUUGAAACUGCAGCGAGGCGACUCCACAGCAGAGAAGCAGCCGUUUCCUCUUCUCUGCUUCUCUUUCCUGUUAUAGUUCAGCUGCGGUCAAACCAGUUUGGUUUGUGUGAAGGUUCACAUCAGGCUUAGAUAACGACUAAAGGUUGAUUCAUCUUUAGACUUGCAGAAAAUGUAUUGAUGGAUUAUAAAACUCAAAUCCCAUUGAUUUUCAAUGUGAGUGUUUGUGUUUACUUAGGGGUCAGGAAAGUGCUGGGAUCGUUACAAGUAAUGGAGCCAGUCCACCGACAUAUGCAGUCCAUAAGGGAAUGGGAUUAGUAAGCACCGCUUUCUCGCCCGAGGCUCUUCUGAAACUGCGCUAUGGUAACCUUGGCAUCUGUCACACACGCUAUUCCACUACCGGGAUCUCCGAGCUGCAGAACUGCCAGCCCUUUGUGGUGGAUACGCUGCACGGCAAGAUCGCAGUCGCGCACAACGGCGAGCUGGUUAACGCUCAUGCCUUGCGGAAGAAGGUUAUGCGUCAUGGCGUCGGCCUCUCCACCAGCUCAGACAGUGAACUCAUCACCCAACUGCUGGCGUUCACUCCACCUCUGGAGGAGCUAGAUGCACCUGACUGGGUUGCCAGAAUUAAAAACCUCAUGACUGAAACUCCAACAUCAUACUCACUGUUGAUGAUGGUUAAAGAUGUUGUCUACGCAGUGCGUGACCCUUAUGGAAAUCGACCCCUGUGCAUUGGACGUGUUGUUCCCAUCUCUAAACUGCACACCCCAGGUGCUGGGGAGGAGGACACUGAGGGGUGGGUGGUGUCAUCAGAGUCCUGCAGUUUUCAAUCCAUUGGUGCCAAGUAUUACAGAGAGGUCUUACCAGGAGAGAUAGUUCAGAUCUCCAAACAUGGAGUCAAGUCUCUGAGUGUUGUGCCUCGCCCUGAGGGAGACCUCCCAGCCUUCUGCAUAUUUGAAUACGUUUAUUUUGCCAGACCAGACUCUAUUUUUGAAGGACAGAUGGUCUAUACUGUGAGGCAGCGCUGUGGUAGGCGGUUGGCCAUUGAGGCUCCCACCGACGCGGACGUGGUCAGCACCGUGCCAGAGUCUGCGACCCCCGCUGCACUGGGCUACGCUCAGCAGUCUGGGCUGCCAUACAUUGAGGUUCUGUGUAAGAACCGCUACGUCGGGAGAACGUUUAUUCAACCAAACACCCGUUUGAGGCAGCUGGGAGUUGCCAAGAAGUUCGGAGCACUGACAGAUAAUUUUGCUGGGAAGCGGGUGGUGCUAAUCGACGACUCCAUUGUCAGAGGCAACACCAUCUCGCCCAUUAUAAAACUGCUCAAGGAAGCUGGUGCGACAGAGGUUCAUAUCAGAGUGGCCUCUCCACCAAUCAGGUUCCCUUGCUACAUGGGCAUCAACAUUCCCACCAAGGAGGAGCUCAUUGCCAACAGGCCCGAGUUUCAGGACAUUGCUGGAUACAUUGGUGCAGCCAGUGUCAAGUAUCUGACUGUGGAGGGCCUGGUAUCAGCUGUUCAAGAGGGCAUCGCGUCCAUGCAGGAGAAAGACGACAUGAUCAGCUCCAGUAACAAGUCCAGUAAGAGAGUGGGCCACUGCACCGCCUGUCUGACUGGGAAGUAUCCAGUGGAGCUGGAGUGGUAACAGCUGUAGCAACGCCAUGGUUAAAGCAGCUCUGAAGCGCCACAUGUAAAUGAAAUGUCCUUUAUAGACUGGAUGAGCAAUUAUGAAAUUUUCCUGCAGAGGAAAAACUGUUGCUUUUGACGACCUUCAGUGGUGGCAGCUUCAUCUGUCUGCCGUUCACUACAUCCUGAUGUCAAUGAAGUGCCUGACCACACAACACUGAUGUUAUGUUUUUUUUAUAUUACCACGUAAAUGUUUUCAUUAAAAUUUUGAAACUACUUUCCCACGUCAACAUUGCUUGCCUUAGCAAAUAUGUGCAUUUGAUAGAAUUUGCCGUGUCAGAGAAGUGCUCAAAGUUAGUGACCAAAAAGUUAAUUGGUCUAUAUUUCCUUAAGUUUAUUUCUCUAACUUUUUGUUUCAUAAAAAUUAACAAAUUUGCUCUUUGUUUUGCGUAUGACUGUUGUUAGAGAUUUUGAUUUUUGACUUUAAACAUUGUAUAUAAUGAAAAAGUUAAAUAAACAGAACUGCAAUGA